CUGGGCCAGUCCCUUUAAAGCAAGUCAGGCAAGGGAGUUGAUUGGGAGAGAACUGGUUUCACCACUCCUCUGCCUCGAGUCUUUCAUCAUAACUCAGGGACAGGCAGGCCGAUUUUGCAAUGCCUGAGCCCCACUCAGUCAAACGGCUCUAGACAGAGCCUCGUGCAGAAGGGCAGCCCACGAGUGCCCAGAUGUCUGGAACUUGUAGCCAAGGAAGUGAGCAAGCUGUAGACUGGCAGAGCUGAAGAGCAGUCCAAGGGUCUGUGAGCAGGAUUGCCUCCACAGGGAAUAUGGUGCUGAGAUUGCCUAGUGUGAAGGCAUGUCUUCCCUUUGAGCUCCUUCUCCUGGUGUGGGUUUCCCUUCCGCAUGAAGUACCUGGAAAAGAAGUGAAUCUUCUUGAUACGAGUACUGCCCAGAAUGAGCUAGGUUGGUUGCCAGAUCCUUCUGAAUCUGGGUGGAGUGAGACACAGUACAUGAUAAACGGUACGCCUGUGUACAUGUACCAGGAUUGCAGUGUCCUCUCUGAGGGAGACACGGACCACUGGCUUCGCACCAACUGGAUAUUCCGUGGUGACACCGCCUCCAACAUCUUUGUGGAGCUGAAAUUCACCAUUCGUGAUUGCAAGAGUUUCAAAGGAGAGGUGGUGAGCUGCAAGGAGACAUUCAAUCUCUACUACAUGGAGUCAGAACACGACGUUGGAAUCCAGUUCCGUCGGCUGCUCUUCACUAAGAUCAACACUGUGGCCGGUGAUCGUAGUUUCACAGCCCGGGACCUUGCGUCAGGUGCCAUGCAGUUGAACAUGGAAGUGUCCUCUAUAGAAAAGCUGCACCAACGUGGUUUCUAUCUAGCCUUUCAGAACUCGGGAGCUUGUGUGGCGCUGGUUUCUGUGAGAGUUUACUACAAGACAUGCUCAGAAACUGUGCGCAGCCUGGCCCACUUCCCAGAGACAUUGGCUAGUUCAGAGGGAAUAGAACCAGUAUUUGGCACUUGUCUGAAGGAUGCAGCGGAGAAACCAGGCUUUCCACCCAAGAUGCACUGCAGUUCCAACGGGGAAUGGCUGAUACCAAUGGGGCAGUGUACAUGCGUCAUUGGCUUUGAAGAGGUUGAAGGAGAAUGUGUAGGCUGCCAGCCAGGAUUCUAUCGUCACUCACUGGAAACUGAGCAGUGCCUCAAAUGCCCACCCAACAGCUUUUCCAGUUCUCCUGCAGCCACAGCGUGCCCCUGCCACAAGGGUUUCUUCCGGACAUCCACUGAGGAUGAAACUAUUGCCUGUACACGUCCUCCUUCUGCCCCACACAAUGUUACCUCCUCCCUUGUGGGGAGCCAAGUCUCCCUUUCAUGGCAACCACCCAUCGAUCAGGGUGGGCGCAGCGAUCUCUCCUACAACAUCUCCUGCAAACGCUGCAACUUCCUGGUGUGUGAACCCUGCGGGAGUGAGGUGGUUUUUUCUCCUCGUGCCUUAGGCCUCACUAGAACAAAUGUGGUUGUCGAUGGCUUGGAGUCUUACACCAAUUACAGCUUCACUGUACGGGCUCAUAAUGGUGUGUCAGGACUUAGCUCUGCCUCACACAAAAGUACCAGUUCUCCCAUCUGGGUGACUGUGGGCUAUGCAGAUCCUAUCAUAGUGACAAAUAUCAACCUGGACAGUCAGAAUGAGAGCAGCCUCUCUGUGACUUGGCUACCAACUCGUCAUCGAAGUCACAUCCCCAUCAGCUAUGAAGUCAUGUACUUUGAGAAGGGAGAGGAGAAGCACUACACUGUCCAACAUCUCAAGGAACCCAAAGUGACCUUGGGAAACCUGCAGCCCGACACAUCCUACCUGCUGCGUGUGCGCUCCGUCACACCAUCCGGAGAAGGGCCAUUUUCCCAGGAGCAGGAAUUCCGCACUCUUCCCCAAGAUACUGGAAUGCCUUCUGGAGGAACGAUUGUCUGCAUUAUCUUUGGAAUCCUUUUGUUUAUUGGUCUGGUUGGAGGAAUCAUCAUUUUCCGACGAAGGCAAGCACAUCGUCGAGCCCGGCCAUGCCAAAAGCACUCCGGCUACAACCGAGAUGAUAUCUGGCUAAAACCUUAUGUAGACCUGCAGCCCUAUGAAGAUCCCAGCAGGGGAGUCCUGGAGUUCACGAAAGAGCUAGACCCAUCCCUUGUCAACAUUGAAAACGUUAUUGGUGAAGGAGAAUUUGGGGAGGUUUAUCGCGGGUCUCUGCGUUUCCCAGGAAAGGACCCUAUUGUUGUGGCCAUCAAGACAUUGAAGUCAAGUUACUCAGAUUCCACAUGGUGGAACUUUCUACGUGAGGCAACAAUAAUGGGCCAGUUCAAUCACCCCAACAUUGUUCGCUUAGAAGGAGUUGUCACAAAACGAAACCCAAUGAUGAUCAUCACAGAAUAUAUGGAUAACGGGGCUCUGGAUACCUUCUUACGGGAGAACAUGGACAAGUUUAGUGCCGUGCAAAUAGUGACAAUGCUGCAGGGCAUUGCCUCAGGGAUGACCUACCUGUCAGACCGCAACUACGUACACCGGGAUCUGGCUGCUCGCAACAUUCUGGUAUCUCAUAGCCAUCAGUGCAAAGUGUCAGAUUUUGGCCUUUCUAGGAUAUUGGAAAAUGACGUGGAAGGAACUUAUGAAACAAAGGGUGGCAAGAUCCCCAUCCGCUGGACAGCUCCUGAAGCCAUUGCCCAUCGGAUCUUUACCUCCGCCAGUGACGUCUGGAGUUUUGGCAUUGUUAUGUGGGAGGGGUUCUCAUAUGGUGACAAGCCAUAUGGAGAUAUGUCCAAUCAGGAGGUGAUGAAAAGCAUAGAGGAUGGAUACCGGCUCCCUCCACCUGUGGAUUGCCCAUCAGUUCUGUAUGACCUUAUGAAAGCAUGUUGGUCUUAUGAUCGGACACGAAGGCCCCGCUUCCGGGAGAUCCAUGCUCAGCUAGACCACUUCAUCUCCAGCCCACAUUUGCUUCGAAGUGUGGCUGACUUUGACCCCAGGGUGACUCUCCGCUUGCCCAGCUGCAGUGGGUCUGAUGGGAUUCCCUAUCGAUCUAUCCCAGAAUGGCUGGAAUCCAUCCGCAUGAAACGCUAUAUCCUCAACUUCCGCACGGCUGGCCUGAACACCAUGGAGUCUGUUCUGGAACUUACUGCUGAGGACUUGAAGCAAAUGGGAGUGACGAAUUCUGGGCAUCAGAACCGUAUUCUGUGCAGCAUCCAAGGUUUCAAGGAGUGAGCAGCAUUACACCACUAACCCAUCGCUGGGCUUGACCCCUCUGUGCAUGACUUUGUGCUAUGUCCAAUAGCACAUGGAGAGCGAGUUGGGGCUAAUGGAACUAUCCUCGCGUCAACAUCACAGUUGUUAUUUGUGUUGUAAGCACAUCAGGAGGGGUGCCAAAAGCCAAAGGCUGUUACACUGGAUCCUGCAGAAUCCCAUGUCCCCCAGCAUGCAGGCCAGGACCUGGACUAGACAAGGCAGAAGCAAAUUUUCCAAGAAAUGCCUUGCAAUACUCAACUGGACAGCAGAUGCUAAUAGAAUCGUAGAAUCAUAGAGUUGGAAGAAACCGCAUGGACCAUCCAGUCCAACCCCCUGCCAAGAAGCAAGAAAAUCACAUUCAAAGCACCCCUAGCAGAUGCUUUAUGAAGCAGAGUGUAGCCCACCAACCCCAGUUCAUAGUCUCUUGCCUGCUUUCCCACCAGUGACCUGUUCAUUCCUGUUUCCACAGUUGUUGGAGCCACUUGGACUUUCUCAUUUCAUAACUGUAAAGACACUACAUCACAAUAAUUUAAAGCGGAUGUUAAAGCCAGUCUGCCAGUAAAAUCGUAUUUAGCUAUAAGG